CUGUGCAGUGGAGAGGAUCGCCCCGCUUGCAUGAUCCUUCGGUUGCGAGACCGAAGGGCGCGAAAAAGAGUAGCUGGGAAGCACAUCGCCAGAUGAGUCAAGCCGCUAGUGCUGGCUGCAUAUAUCAAGGAUCUCUCACGUUGAACAUUAACGAUCAUCGAUCACCGUCCAACACCUCCGCUUCAUUCUCAACCCUCAUCUCAAGAUAGAACCUAGACUCGAGCAUCCCCAUACUUCUAACCCCCCGUGCCACUCACAAUGGGCCUCGUCCUUUUCAUCGCCAACAAGCGCUACUCCAGCUGGUCCAUGAGACCCUGGGUGCUCCUCAAGGCCCUCGGCAUCCCCUUUGAAGAACGGCUGCAGACCUUCACCGCCGGCCUCCGUCAGCCCGCAUUCCUCUCCUUCUCGCCCACCGGCAAGGUCCCGACCCUGAUCGACGGCGACGUCACCGUCUGGGACUCCCUCGCCAUCGUCGAGUACAUCGCCGAGGCCCACCCGGCCGCCUGGCCCCGCGACCCCGCCGCCCGCGCCUUCGCCCGCUGCGCCGCCGCCGAGAUGCACGCCGGCUUCGACGCCAUCCGCGACCAGUGCUCCAUGAACGUCGCCCUGCGCAUCGACCUCGGCGGGCCUCCCAACGCCGCCCUACAGCGCGAUCUCGAUCGCCUGGACCAGCUGUGGACCGACGGCCUGACGCGGUUCGGUGGUCCGUUCCUGGCGGGCGGCGAGUUCACCGCCGCCGACGCCUUCUUCGCGCCCGUUGCGACGCGGAUUCAGACGUUUGGGCUGAAGGUGUCGGAGCCGGCCAUGGCGUAUGUGCUGACGCUGUUGGAGCACCCUGCUGUCAGGCAGUGGAUCGAGGACGGCAUUGCGGAGACCGCGCGGGAGCCGUAUCAUGAGGCAGAUGUUGUGCGAGGGCGCAAGGUUCUAAAGGACUUGUCUCCGCCCCAAUGAGAUUUUGUGGUCGUCUCAAGCACGAUGGGAUAAUAGCCCAGUAGUAGCCUCUGGACUAAGGCUAUCGUCAGUUCUGUACCACCUUGAAAAUGAUUUUGUUGCGCUUUAUGGUCCCGCGGCUCUUUGACUUUCCCUCAAUUCUUCACCCCCUUUAGCAACGUCGAAGCCGUCCCCCC